UAUGAGUCGACCCUCUGCCUCAACUUCUAGUAAUUCUAGAAGCUCAAGAUCGCGUUAUGGUAAGGAAGUCAAAGAGUUGUAGGACGCUUUAAAUUAAAACAAAAUUGAAUAGAAGAGAGAUGCAAUCAGAAAAGUAAAAAUUACAAUUUAAAUUUUCUAGAUUAUUGAUGCUAUGACUAGAGGUAAAGAUGUUAGCAUGCUCUUUGCUGAUGUUGUUAAAAAUAUGGAAACCGCCAAUUUGGAACUUAAAAAAUUAGUCUAUUUGUAUAUAAUCAAUUAUGCAAAAAUCAUGCCAGAUCUUGCAGUUAUGGCUAUAAAUAGCUUUAGAAAAGACGCUAGAGACAAAACUAAUCCAUUUUUAAGAGCAUUAGCUAUCAGAACAAUGGGAUGUAUAAGAGUAAAACAUAUCACAGAAUAUUUAUUGGAUCCAUUAAAAGAAUCAAUCAAAGUAAAUUAUUCUCACAUUUUAUUCUAGGAUGAAGAUUCCUAUGUCAGGAAAACUGCAGCUAUUUGUAUUUCGAAAUUAUUUGAUGUUUCUCCAGAAUUGAUCGAAGAAUAAGGACUUUUGAAGUUAUUAGAAAAUCUAAUUAAUGAUGGUAAUGCUAUGGUAGUGGCAAAUGCUGUAUGCGCUUUACUUAUUGUCUAAGAAUCUUAAGGAGCAACUAUGCUCCAAUUAAAUGCAUAAACUAUUUAAAAAAUAUUGACAGCCAUGAAUGAAUGUAAUGAAUGGGGUGUGAUUUAUUGUCUUGAUGCUCUAGCACUCUAUAUUCCAGAGGACGGAAAAGAAGCAGAAGCGUAUUAAAAAUUUCUAAUAUGAAUAGUAUAUUGGAAAGAGUCAGCCCACGAUUAAAUCAUAACAAUCCAGGAGUUGUUUUAUCAGCCUGUAAAAUUAUGAUGAAAUUCCUUGAUUAUCUUUAAAAUCCAGAAAUUAUUAGAUAAAAUGCUCUUAAAAUGACUGCUCCGUUAAUUUCUUUACUGAGUUUAGGUAAAGAACCAGAAAUAUAAUAUGUGGCUCUUAAAAAUAUAAAUCUAAUAAUUUAAAAGAGGCCAAUCAUAAUUGAAAAGGAAAUUAAAGUAUUCUUUUGUAAUUUCAAUGAUCCCAUCUAUAUUAAAUUAUAGAAACUGGAAGUUUUAUCCAAAAUAGCAAAUUAAGAUAAUAUUCAAUAGAUUUUGCAUGAAUUAAAAGAAUACACAUAAGAAGUAGAUGUCGAAUUUGUUAGAAAAUCAGUUAGAACUAUAGGUAGAUGUGCAAUUAAAUUGGAAAAGUCUGCAGAGAAAUGCGUUACUGUUUUAUGGGAGUGUCUGAAAACUAAGGUGAAUUAUGUUGUCAUGGAAUGUAUCAUUGUUAUUAGAGACAUUUUCAGGAAGUAUCCACGCAAAUAUGAAAUGAUCUUAAAGGAUCUAUGUGAGAAUCUAAAAAGCUUAGAAGACCCAGAGGCCAAAGCAUCUAUGAUUUGGAUUAUUGGAGAAUAUGUAGAUACUAUUGAAAAUGCUGACGAUUUAAUGACUAAUUUUAUUGAGAAGUAAACUAACAUUUUAAUAUUAAGUUUCAAGGACGAACCAGCUAAUGUGUAAAAUUAAAUGUUAGUUGCAGUUAUGAAGUUGUUUUUGCAAAGACCAGUAGAUGGAAAAGAAAUUAUUCAUAAUUUACUAAAGGUAGCAACAAACGAAUGCGAAAAUCCAGAUGUGAGAGAUAGAGCCUACAUUUAUUGGAGAAUGCUAUCAACUGAUCCAGAAUUAGCAAAAAAGAUUGUAUUCUCAGAGAGACCUACUAUUUCUGAUGCUAGUUACACACUUGAAAAUGAACUCUUAGAUAAAUUAAUCGAAAAUAUUGGAAAUCUAAGUUCUGUUUAUACUAAAAAGCCUGAAAGUUUUGUAAAAAAAUUGAGAGAAGUUUUAAAUUCGAAAAUGUAAGACAAACCAGAAGAAGUAUAUGAAGGUGAAUAACUAAUGGAUGGAAGACCAGAAGAUUAUAGUGAUUAAUAAGCAGGUCCAUAAUCCAAUGUUUACGAAGGAAAUUAUGAAACUUCAUCAUAAAUACAAUAAUAAACUAAUGCAUAAUCAUAAGUUUUAUAAAAAGUAGAUUUAUUGGAUUUAGAUGAUUCAUAAGAGCAAUAAUAAUAAUAAUAGUAGUAAUAAUAAUAAUAAUAAUAAUAAUAAUAAUAAUAAUAAUAAUAAUAAAAUGUUAAAAUACCAUUUUCUGAAGUCCUUAGCUCCAUGACUUCAGGAGCAUAAAAUAAAAUAGUUGGACUUUAAAUUGAAGCUGCUUUGUAAAAAAAUGGAGAGAGGAUUAUUUUGGAAUUAAAAUUUGCCAACAAAACCCAAGAUAAAACAUUUUAGGUAUUAAAAAAUCUUAUUUAGGACUUUGGUAUUAAAUUUAACAACAAUCCAUUUAAAUUAUAAGCUGAUUCAAUUGAAAUUUCUAGUCCACCUAUCUAACCAGGAUAAAGUUUGAUUACUUAAAUCUUUGUAAACACAAAUGGGCCAGUUUGUUAAGAUGCUCCUUAAAUGCCUUAUAGAAUAUAGGUUGCACUGAAAACUAAUUUAGAUGUGUUUUAUUUUUUUAUCCCUAUGUCACUUAGUGUGUUAUUUGUACUUUAUUCCUAGUUAUAAUAUAGAGCUCUAAUGGUUAAAUUACUUAGCAAAAAUUUGUUGAAUUAAGUCAAGCUUAGAACUAUGCAAAAAAAACGGAAGCUCUUUAAUUGUAAGUUGAUUAUCAAAAAGUAACAAACUAUUAUUAUGAUUAGAUGAGAGAGAAGUUAGAGAGAAACUAUUUAUAUUUAGUAGGAAUUAGGAAGGAUGAUAAAGGAGUUGAAUUACUCUCCUACUCUGCCGCCUUAGCUAAUGGCAUGUAAAUCUUAAUUAAUGUAAUUCACACUACAAACGCAAUCAAUUUAUAAUUAUAAGCUCCUCAUCCAACAUUAAUUCCAUUAAUAUUUUAAGCUUUAGGGUUUAUUUUAACAAUAAAUUGA